CACAGGAAGGGUGUGAUCCCAGUGUGUAUUGACUGUCCCUCAGCACCAUGUCGCAGCAGAUCCAACAAGAGUCGUCCCAAUACGUGGAGGAUUUCGAGCAAGAUUCACAGCAAUCCGAGCGAUAUGUCGAACAGCAAACUGGAAAGUUUGAGCAGCAAACUGGGCAGUUUGAGCAGCAAACUGGGCAGUUUGAGCAACAGUCAAGCAAGUCUGGAUCAUUGAAACAGGCAUGUGCUGCUGCUGAUGACGCUGCCGCACUAAGAAAAGCCAUGAAGGGCGCCGGCACUAACGAAAAAGUGAUAAUUGAUAUUAUCACACAUCGCACGUGCGCUCAGCGCCAAGAGAUCUUAAAGUGCUACAACAGGGAAUUCAACAGGGAUUUGAUUGCUGACCUCAAGGAUGAACUGGGUGGACACUUUGAGGACGUCAUCGUGGCACUGAUGACGUGCCAGUCUGAGUUCCUAGCCAAUGACUUGCACAAGGGAAUCAAAAACAAAAAGUGGUGCACUGUGGUUGAAAUACUUUGCCCACGCAACACCAUGGAAAUCAAGAAAAUUGCGGAUUCUUACGUGGAUCUGUUUGAAAUCACUGUGACAGACCACCUGGCUGGCGAAAGCCAGAACGAACUGCAGGACCUGUUGGUGCUAAUGGCACGGGGUCUUCGUGGAACCUCCAUCGAUCCCGACAAAGCCAAGCAAAAUGCUGUUCACCUGUACGAAUCUCCAACGUCCAGAGUUCAACAAGAGACUAAGAAAUCGGCGCCGGUUAAGGAGGCGAAGAAGGAAUUAAACGUUGUUCUACUGAUCCAAAUCUUAACCCACGACAGUUACGGGCAAUGCCAACUGACUUUCAAAGAGUUCAAGAACCUUCACGGUCAAUUCAUCGAUGACGUUGUCCAAAAUGAGCUCUCUGGCGACUUGGAAAAGGCGCUCUUGUGCUCCAUUGACUGCUGUAGGAACAUUCCCAAUUUCUUUGCUAACAGGCUGCGCAAAGCAUUUGAAGGCGCUGGAACGGAUGACAUCACUUUGAUUCGAGUGAUUGUAAGUCGCUUUGAGCAUGACCUGGAAGAGGUUGCUGCGGCUUACGAGAGGAGCUACGGCAAAACUCUCUCGAGAGCCGUGGAGAGCGAGACAUCAGGGGAUUACAAAAGGGCUCUUUUGUCACUCAUCGAGGGGUUUAUAGAGGCAAGAGCAUACCAAGCGCAAGCGCAAAAUCGCGCGAAAUGAAGAAGAUGAAAAAUGCUUAUUAAAAUAAUGUGCGGCAUUAUCUAAAUAUCACCAUGGGAUAGCUAUAUAGUUCCAUUUAAUCGUUCUAUUCUCCUCUGUAGAGAGACAAAUAAAAACUAUAAAAACGUAA